ACGCAACACACCCCACCAGCAUCAUCAUCAUCACUAUCAUCCUGCUCCAGAGGAGAAGUGAGUGUGCUGAGGUGCACUCCACGCUGCUCGGCCCGCCCGGACACUGCAGUGUAGGUUAGCGUGCCAUCGCUGCGGCUGCUCGCUACCUACACCAAGUCCCGCUGCAGACUUCCUGCGUCCGGAAAGGAGAGGGGAGAGCGCUAAGAGCCAUGGCCGAGUCCAACCCGAUGUGGGGGUUCCCCCGUCUACGCCGGGCAGCGACCUCAUUUCCAGGCAAUCUGCAUUUGGUCCUGGUGCUCCGCCCCAGCGGCCUAUUGAGCACCACCCCGAGUCCAUCUUCGAGCACUGACCUGGGCUUCCGCUUCAGCCAGGAUGACUUCCUGUUGAAAAUGCCGGUGGUGAUGCUGCGUUCAGUGGGUGAGCUGCUGCGCUACAUCGAUGAAAACCACCUGACUUCAGAUUUCACUGCCAAAGUGGAGUACUGUCAAAGCGACUGGAUUGUCCUCCGCACGGCUAUUGAGACCUUUGCAGUGACGGUGAAGGAGAUCGCCCAGCUGCUGCAGGGCUUUGGUUCAGAGCUGUCUGAGACUGAGCUUCCAGACGAAGCCAAUGCCAUCGAGUUCCUGCUACACUCACACACACAUCGAUACCGACAGAUGAAGGACGAUAUCAGGAAUGUGCUGAAAGAGGGCCGCUUGCUGCUGUCGAAUCUGGAAACUGUCAAGGCCUCUAAGAGAGAUGUAGAGGAGGAGAGGGAAAUAAAAGGAGACAUGGACACUGUCCAGAGGCUCCUGGCGCAGCUCAGAGACAUGGAGGAGGCGUUUGAUGGCUUCUUUGAGAAACACCACCUGAAGCUGCAGCAGUACCUCCAGCUGCUGCACUAUGAACUGAGUUUCCAGCAGAUGGAUGAGGUGCUAGAGAGACUCACUGACCAGGAGAAGGAGAUCGCCUUUGCUGGAAACACUGUGGUCCAGACAGAGCAACUGCUGAGAGACCUGGAGACGCUGGACACACACGCUCAGGAGGAGAUGGCUCGUGCACAGGUGGUGAUCCUGCACGGCCACCAGUUGGCAGCUAACCACCACUAUGCCCUGGCGCUCAUCGUCCAGCGCUGCAAUGAGCUGCGGCAUCACUGUGAUGUCAUCACUAUUGCCAUACGCACCAAGCGGGCCUCACUCAAUCGAGCUCGAGACCUGCUGCUCCGCCUUGAGGAGGCCCUGCGAUGGUGUGACGAGGGCGCCUAUCUUCUGGCCAGUCAAAUGGUGGACAAGUUUCAAACCAGGGAGGGAGCUCAGGAGGCACUGCAGUACCUGAGCUGUCACCAGGAGAGGGCGCCCUCUGCACUGAAAAACAGCCAGGACACUCUGAGCCUGGAGUUUGAAGCCGUACUCAGCCCACAGCUGCAGUCCCAGAUCUCCAUGGUGACAGAGAAGCUGAACUCGAUGCAGUCCAUGAUAAGAAACAGGGAGCAGUGUCUGAGGAAGUUGGCUGAUGUUCAGGUCAGACCGAUUCAGCUGGUGGCCCCCAGACCAGAACCGGAACAGACCUUACAGCGCUGCAAGUCACCCCUCUUCUCCCCCAAACAUGGUGUAGACUUUAACGUCCUGAACUCUAAGUUCUCCUUUGACCUGCUUCCUGGCAAGAGAUCUGCGAGGAGGAACAGCAGCCAACCUAAGGGGAGUGUGAUGCAUGAUUUCCAAGGCAAUCGCAGCUGUUUGUACGGAUCCACGACAGAAACAGAAUCAGAGACAGAGGACAAUCCAGAGCAAGUCACACGCCAUGUAAUGAAGGAACUGAUUGCUACAGAGAGGAUCUAUGUAGACGAACUACUCGCAGUUCUUCUGGGCUACAGGGCAGAAAUGGAGGAUCCAUCCAUGUCUAAUCUACUUCCUUCAGCUCUGCGCAGCCAGAAGGACGUUCUGUUUGGCAACAUGCCGGAGAUUUACCAGUUCCACAGCAGGAUCUUCCUCCAAGAUCUGCAGGGUUGCCUGGAGAGGCCGGAAAGGGUGGGGGCAUGUUUCCUGAGGCGGAAAGAGAAGUUCAAGGUGUAUGAGCGUUACUGCCAAAACAAGCCUCGCUCUGAUCUCCUGUGGAGACAGUGCUCUGAUUCGCUGUUUUUCCAGGAGUGCCAGAUGAAGCUGGACCACAAGCUGGGUCUGGACUCUUACCUCCUGAAACCUGUCCAACGUCUGACCAAGUACCAGCUGCUACUCAAGGAGCUGUUGAAACACUGCUCAGAGGAGAGAUUUCGAUGUGAACUGCAGGAAGCUGUGAACUCCAUGCUGGAGCUGCUGAAGUCUGUCAACGACUCGAUGCAUCAGAUAGCCAUCACUGGAUAUCAGGGUGACCUCCAUCAGCUGGGCCGAGUAGUGAUGCAGGGGGGCUUCAGUGUAUGGAUCAGCCAUAAGAGGGCAGCAGUGCGGAUGAAGGAGAUGGCCCGGUUCAAGCCCAUGCAGAGACAUCUCUUCCUCUACGACCACGCCCUCCUCUUCUGCAAGCGCAGAGACGAGGACUCUCACGACAGGACGCCUUUUUACAGCUUCAAAUCCUGCCUCAGAAUGAGUGCAGUGGGAAUCACAGAGACUGUGAAAGGAGAUGUGAAGAAAUUUGAAAUCUGGUACAGUGGCAGAGAAGUAGUGUACAUAGUUCAGGCCCCCACAGUGGAGGUCAAAGUUGCCUGGCUGACAGAGAUUCGAAAAAUUCUCACCAACCAGCAGAAACUACGUCAAGAUGAGACUCCUUCUCUUCCACUCUCAGACAACCCUAUCUCUGACAGUGCAUCAGAGAUAUGUGUGUCAUGGGGCGGAGCAUCGGUGGGAGGCUGCUCAGCGUGUCUCCCUGUUCCUCACAGCUCCUCAGCAACAACCCACUCCUACAAACACAGAGGGGAGGAGUCAGUACACACUAGCCCCGCCCACUCGGACCCUGUGGUUCACUCACCUCGACGCACUUGGCCUGUUCCUGCACACUCAGUGGCAAUCUGUGAUGGCCUGGAGGACUGGGGUGCAACAGACCUCUCCAACAUAUCCGACUCAGAUGAAGAGGAUCAACCUUCACCUCUUGUGGCGGGCAGGUACAGGGUCAUGGUGGAGAGCAGCAUGGCCAGCACUGAUGACAUCAUCUUCAACUCUGGUGAUGUCAUCCAGCUGCUUCAUGAGGAAGUGUCGGGAAUGUGGAUGGUGAGGAAUGUAAGUCGUGGUGAAGAAGGGCGUGUUCUACCUGAGGACUUGCACCGGAUUCUGGGAGAGACCUGCUGAGAGCCAAUUGGAUAGAUGAAGCCUGUGUGAUUCCUCCUGUUAAGAUUGCUUACAGGGCUCACUGUUUCUUUAUAGACCUGUUUAAACAAACACCACACACAAACAGACACACACACACACUAACAACCACACAGACAAUCACUCCAUCAACUUCAGAAGUCAAAUGGCAUUUGACUUUGCUGAGACUUUCAUCCGACCAUCAUAUUGAAGCACAUCCAUCAUAUAUUUUAGUCCUCAAUGGACUGUGACUCUUUCACCUCAGAAAGCUGUACACUACAGAGCGGACCUCAGAUAAGAAUGUAACAAUACAAAGCACACAUGUGGGACCUCACAACAACCAAAGCCUAAUUUUACGUUUUCUGUCAUUUCAUGCUUACUUGGUAAAACACAUUGAACAGGGGACGUCAUCCAAACAUAAAAAUGACUUGUUUAUCACUCUUAUCAUUUCUACUUUCUUAUAAAAAAUCACAGGACUUGUGUCUGUGCUUUCUAACAUAUCAUCACUGUACAUGUGCCAAACAGCUCUACAUGUAAUAAGCUUUACAUGUUUGAUCAACCAGCUACAUCUUUAGAGGGUGUGCAUGUGAUGUUACAGGGAAACAAAAUUGGUUCCUUUAUCUUUUAGUGGCAAAAACAAAAACUCAGAAACUGUCAGGUGGUGAUAAUGAUGGAAUGAAGCAAGCAAAGGAAGGCAUUCUAAAACCAUUACCUGCAUACUAUUAUGUGAGAUUAAAAAAAAAAGUCCCAAUACAAUGUAUGUUCAAUGCUAUAUUACAAAAGCCAGGAUGUCCUUCUUGAUCUGGACACAUUUUGCACUAUACAUGCCAGUUUGCUUUUUUAAAUGAUGAGGUAGUAAAAUUGUGUUCAGUAAAACCAACAGCAAACAUUUUUUCAACAAUAUUGAAAUGUUGCUCCAAGGACCAACAUAGAUGUACAAGCAAGGAUUUCAGAGAUUGCAAAUGACAAAUCUUUUUUUCCAUUUAUGCAUAUUGUGUGCAAAGUUUGUACUUUGUAGUAUACUAAGGGAUGUGUAAUACGCACACUAGCUAUUGUGUGAGUGAAGAUAUUACAGGUCUCGUCAUUCCUUACAGCCUCUGCACUUUGUUUUGUCACUUUGGGUGUGGUGGUUAAAGAUGUAUACAUGAAAAUAUCAAUGUGAACCCUCUAUAGAUCUUUUCAUUUGAUGAUUUCAUUUUUUCAUUAUAUCAUAGCAGGAAAAGCAAAGAAGUCCUUUUAUUUUCAU